CAUCACCUUCCAACAAUCUCCCUCACUCCCACACGACAAGAGGUGCACCGUUUGAUGAGCAUUGCCUCGUCUGUAUUCGGCAUCAGCAUCAGCAUCAGACUCGUAUCCCUCUCGCACGCACCAAAGAUCCACCCACCCACCUCUCUCACCCUCCCUCGCUUCUUUUCCACCUCCCCCACCCCACUCACAAAGAAGAGGAUGCCGCCCAAGAAGCAGCAAGUGGUGGAGAAGGCCAAGUUGGGAAGGCCUUCCAACAACUUGAAGAUGGGAAUCGUAGGUGUGCCCAACGUCGGAAAGUCGUCGCUGUUCAACACCAUUGCAAAGUGUGAUCUGGGCAAGAGCGCAAACUUCCCCUACGCCACAAUUGACCCCGAGGAGGCUCGUGUGCCGCUACCCGACGAGCGCUUCCUGUGGCUCGUGGAAAAGUACAAGCCAAAGUCAGAGGUACCCGCUUUCCUCACCUGCAUCGACAUUGCAGGUCUCACAGCAGGCGCUUCUACCGGAGCUGGUCUCGGUAACGCCUUCUUGUCUCACGUUCGUGCCGUCGAUGGAAUCUUCCAAGUGGUUCGAGCUUUCGACGAUGCAGAGGUCAUUCACGUCGAGGGAGACGUCAACCCCACCCGUGACAUGGACAUCAUCUCCACUGAGCUGCGACUGAAGGACAUCGAGUGGCUGGAGAAGGCUCUGGAGACUGCCAAGAAGAAUGCUCGAGGUUCCGGUCCCAAUAGUCUCGAGGGCAAGAGGAAGGCAGAGGAGAUUGCAACGAUGGAGAAGGCUCUCAAGGCCCUCACCGAAGAUAGCCAAGACGUCCGCAAAGUCGACUGGUCGCCCAAGGAGGUCGAUGUCAUCAACUCACUGUCGCUGCUGACUGCCAAGCCCGUCACCUACCUAGUGAACCUCAGCGAGAAGGACUACGUCCGCAAGAAGAACAAGUGGCUGCCAAAGAUCAAGGAGUGGAUUGACAAGAACAACCCAGGUGAUCAGCUCAUCCCCUUUUCCGUCGCACUGGAGGAGAGGCUAGUCAACCUUAGUCCUGCAGAGGAGAAGGAGGAGUUGGCCAAGCUGGGUGAAAAGGUCACCGGAGCUUUGGGCAAGAUCACAAAAUCCGGCUACGACGGUCUAGACCUGAUCAAGUAUUACACAUGUGGACCGGACGAGGUUCGAGCCUGGACCAUCAGGCGGGGUCUCAAGGCUCCUCAGGCGGCUGGAGUGAUCCACUCUGACUUUGAGAACAAGUUUGUGUGUGGAGAAAUCGUGUCGAUAGAGGAUAUCCAACAGUAUGGUAGUGAAGCCGAAGCUAAAGCGGCUGGCAAGUUGAGGCAACAGGGAAAGACGUACGAGGUACAGGAUGGAGACGUUUGCCAUUGGCAGGUGGGUCGAUAGAUGGAUUGAAAUGGUUGUUGCCUUG